UCUGUCUUUCGGGGGAGGGUGGGUGGUGACAAGUUAGAAGCUCUUGCGGCAGGUCCCCGCCUCCAGGAUCGGGCUUCCCCUGCAAAGGGACGAAGCAAAGGUAUAAACACCUCGCUCCGCAGCAUCCCGACCUGGAGGGGCUGUGCCCGCGGGCCGAACCCACCAGUAUCCCCGCCUGAGGACGGCCCGCCGCUCUCCAUGGUACUGCGGAGAGCUCAGCUCCGCCCUUCUCUUUCAGAAGGACAGCACCCGGCGUCACGUAACCCAGCCUUCUCAGGCUCUACCACCGCCUCCUCCUUCCCAGCUCUUUGCCUCUCUUCCUCCUCCUCCUGCUCCCCUCCGUUGCCUGUUUUCCCCUCCCGCACUCCUGGAGAUAGACGCUCAAGCCUGACGCCUCUGAAAAGGCAGCGGCAGUCGCCUUAUCCACAGACCUCAGGAAAUUCGCUUUGACCGAUGCAUGCUUCAGGCUCUGGGUCGAGCUAAGGGGAAUAACCGGGCAGAUUUUCUGGGUCCUUAUAAAAAGACAAAACCAAAAUGCAUCACCAACACACAACCAAUUGAUAUGCUGGCAUCUUAGCUUGGCCUUGCAGAGGGAGAGAGGAAAGAAGAGGAGCUGUUGUGACAUCUAACAGCUUCUGGCUAUUCCACAGCUUCUGGGUUCGAACCCUACUGUUGGGGAGGGGAAAAAGAGAAGUAAAAUCCAUCCUGUGAGGCCAUGCAUAAGGAAUUCUGCGUUGGCUACAGUGGUUCAGGAAGUCCAUGAUAUGACAAGAAGCAGGCCUUUGAAGCUACUCAGGGGUUAAGUGGUGCCGUAAAGAGGCAAGGAACCUGUCUCUUCCUUCCGGUUUGGGACACCACAUCUGGAGGAGAAACACUUGAGGUAUCCAAGGAUCCUGGUUCAUUGCUGGCUUUCUUGUACUUCCCUGAAAAGUAUUCUGAACAGACUCUAUCUGCUUCGCUUUUGCCCGGUACCACUGAUGGUACCUGGCAGAAAAUAGUAUUUGAGGAGUGAAGCAUCUCUUGACACCACUGAUGCCCUUGAACUAGGUCAUCGGACUCAAAUGGAUAAGUGACUUCCCUUGACCUUCUGUUAACGCCUUUUCCAGAACGUUGCUUCCAAAGUGUAUCCUCCCUUUGGUCUGGAAGAUCUGCUGCUGCCCUGUACCACUGGGGUCUACGUUUUCCAGUUGGGAGGGGACUAUCGGGAGAGAGGGAGGGGUUGCUGGAAGAAGAAGAAGAAAAAAAGAGCUAGAUAAAGGAGGGUGCAUCCCUCCCCCUCCUGCCCAUCCCUUUACCCUACUUGUUUCCGGACCCUUAUUUCUACACCACGGUGUCCAGGACCAUUUUGACCCUGUCGGCCCCGGCACCCCCCCGCCGCACCCCAGCCCCGAGCAUGGGGACGGCGCUUCUCCAGCGCGGGGGCUGCUUUCUCCUGUGCCUCUCGCUGCUGCUCCUGGGCUGCUGGGCAGAGCUGGGCAGCGGGCUGGAGUUCCCGGGCGCUGAGGGCCAGUGGACGCGCUUCCCCAAGUGGAACGCCUGCUGCGAGAGCGAGAUGAGCUUCCAGCUCAAGACGCGCAGCGCCCGCGGCCUAGUGCUCUACUUCGACGACGAGGGCUUCUGCGACUUCCUGGAGCUCAUUCUGACGCGCGGCGGCCGCCUGCAGCUCAGCUUCUCCAUCUUCUGCGCGGAGCCCGCCACGCUCCUGGCUGACACGCCGGUCAACGACGGCGCAUGGCACAACGUGCGUAUCCGCCGGCAGUUCCGCAACACCACGCUCUUCAUCGACCAGGUGGAGGCCAAGUGGGUGGAGGUCAAGUCGAAGCGCAGGGACAUGACGGUGUUCAGCGGCCUCUUCGUGGGGGGGCUGCCCCCGGAACUGCGCGCUGCGGCGCUCAAGCUGACGCUGGCCUCUGUGAGGGAGCGAGAGCCCUUUAAAGGGUGGAUUCGCGACGUGAGGGUCAACUCCUCCCACGCCCUGCCUGUGGACAGCGGCGAGGUGAAGCUGGACGACGAGCAGCCCAAUAGCGGUGGGGGGAGCCCGUGCGAGGCGGGUGAGGAGGGCGAGGGCGGGGUGUGCCUCAACGGAGGCGUGUGCUCCGUGGUGGACGACCAGGCGGUGUGCGACUGCUCGCGAACCGGCUUCCGCGGCAAGGACUGCAGCCAAGAAGACAACAAUGUGGAAGGUCUGGCGCACCUGAUGAUGGGCGACCAAGGUAAAAGUAAAGGAAAAGAAGAAUAUAUUGCCACUUUCAAGGGAUCUGAAUACUUCUGCUACGACUUGUCUCAAAACCCCAUUCAAAGCAGCAGCGAUGAAAUAACUUUGUCCUUUAAAACUCUUCAGAGGAAUGGACUGAUGCUUCAUACCGGGAAAUCGGCUGAUUAUGUCAAUCUCGCCCUGAAAAAUGGAGCUGUCUCUCUGGUCAUUAAUUUGGGAUCGGGGGCCUUUGAAGCACUAGUGGAGCCCGUGAAUGGAAAGUUUAAUGAUAAUGCCUGGCAUGAUGUGAAAGUCACCAGGAAUCUGCGUCAGCACUCAGGCAUUGGACACGCUAUGGUGACAAUAUCAGUGGAUGGGAUUCUUACCACAACGGGCUACACGCAAGAAGAUUAUACCAUGCUGGGGUCUGAUGACUUUUUCUAUGUUGGAGGCAGUCCCAGCACAGCAGACCUUCCAGGGUCACCAGUCAGUAACAACUUUAUGGGCUGUCUCAAAGAGGUUGUAUAUAAAAAUAACGAUGUAAGGUUGGAAUUAUCUCGACUUGCCAAGCAAGGAGACCCUAAGAUGAAGAUCCACGGAGUGGUAGCAUUUAAAUGUGAGAAUGUUGCAACUUUGGACCCAAUCACCUUUGAAACCCCAGAGUCUUUCAUCUCUUUGCCUAAAUGGAAUGCAAAGAAAACAGGCUCCAUAUCAUUUGAUUUCCGCACAACAGAGCCAAAUGGCCUCAUUUUAUUUAGCCAUGGCAAGCCAAGACACCAAAAAGAUGCCAAGCACCCUCAGAUGAUAAAGGUUGACUUCUUUGCUAUUGAAAUGCUAGAUGGCCAUCUCUACCUCCUCCUGGACAUGGGGUCAGGUACAAUAAAAAUCAAAGCCCUACAGAAGAAGGUGAAUGAUGGAGAAUGGUAUCAUGUGGACUUCCAGAGAGAUGGACGGUCAGGUACCAUUUCUGUCAACACCCUGCGUACACCCUACACGGCACCUGGUGAGAGCGAGAUUCUGGACCUGGAUGAUGAGUUGUACCUGGGGGGCUUGCCGGAAAACAAGGCUGGCCUCAUUUUCCCCACCGAGGUGUGGACUGCCCUGCUCAACUACGGCUACGUGGGCUGCAUUAGAGAUUUGUUCAUUGACGGCCAGAGCAAAGAUAUCCGGCAAAUGGCUGAAAUUCAAAGUACUGCUGGAGUGAAGCCCUCCUGCUCAAGGGAAACAGCAAAACCGUGCCUUAGCAACCCUUGCAAAAACAAUGGCAUGUGCAGGGAUGGGUGGAACAGAUAUGUCUGUGAUUGUUCCGGAACAGGCUACCUUGGCAGGUCCUGCGAGAGAGAGGCAACGGUUCUGAGCUAUGAUGGGAGUAUGUUUAUGAAAAUCCAGCUCCCAGUGGUGAUGCACACAGAGGCCGAGGACGUGUCCUUACGGUUCCGAUCCCAGCGUGCCUACGGCAUCCUCAUGGCAACCACCUCUAGAGACUCGGCAGACACCCUCCGCCUGGAGCUGGAUGCAGGGCGUGUGAAACUGACGGUCAAUCUAGAUUGUAUCAGGAUUAACUGUAAUUCCAGCAAAGGUCCCGAGACCCUUUUUGCCGGCUAUAACCUCAAUGAUAACGAAUGGCACACAGUGCGUGUGGUCCGUCGAGGAAAAAGUUUAAAGUUAACCGUGGAUGACCAACAGGCCAUGACAGGUGACUUGUAUAUAGGAGGAGUGGCUAAAGAAACAUACAAAUCUUUGCCGAAACUUGUCCAUGCCAAGGAGGGCUUUCAAGGCUGCUUGGCAUCAGUUGAUUUAAACGGACGACUUCCAGACCUCAUCUCAGAUGCUCUUUUCUGCAAUGGACAGAUUGAGAGAGGAUGUGAAGGACCCAGCACAACCUGCCAAGAGGACUCCUGUUCUAAUCAAGGUGUGUGCUUACAGCAGUGGGAUGGCUUCAGCUGCGACUGUAGCAUGACUUCCUUCAGUGGGCCACUCUGCAAUGACCGUAAGUGCCUCUCUGAGUAUGGACUCAGAUGGUCAUCAUUGCUUCCAGUUACUGUGUGAUGCCCAGAGUCUAAAACUAGGAGUCUUUGUA